GCGAGAGGCUGAAGUCGACCGAACCCCUGGGCAUACUAUUAUAUCGCGACCUUCAAUCUAGCUUGUCCAUUUACACCCGAGAGUCGCCAGUGCCCCGCCGAAAGGGACAACAGCCGCAACCAUGACAGCUAUUUUCAACUUUCAGUCGCUUCUCCUCGUCAUCCUCCUGCUCACCUGCACGUGCGCAUACCUCCACCAGCUCAUACCUGCUAUCAUGGACCGGAACAAGGACGGUUUCGUGGGUAUAUUCUGGAAAUUCGCAAGGGUGGGCGAGCGGUUAAGUCCGUAUAUCAGCUUAUGCUGUGUCGUCAUGGCGGCAAGUGUCUCUCGCCUCGGUCUCCACGAGUGCAUUGCUGACAAGAUACGACAGGUUUCCUUGCUCAUCAGCUAAGCUUUUUUUGUCUGCACGACCGCGCGCGGCCCCUCUGCCGGGGCCUUGUUACAUAUUUAGGAGUUGGUCAGGGAAUUGAAUAUUGCUUUGUUAGACGGGAGCAGCGCAUGGCGCAACGACGGGGAUAUGCCCGGGCCGACGAGGCCCGUAUGACGAAACUCAAAAGACCGAGGGGACAUGCCGUUCUAAUUUGGCGGCCUGGUAAUAAUUCAAGAAAUUCACCUCACCUGUGAAGGCUGUGCCCAUCACGUCUGGUCAGGCGCUCAUGUUGUCAUUUCCUACAUUUGAGAAGGACAGGCCACCAGUUUCCCAAGAUGGCGGGAGUCGCCAGCCUAGCCCCUUCACCGUAGGCGCAUCGCCUCUGGUCAGCCCUGGUCCUGC